AUGUCGUUGUGGAUGAACGACAUGGAGAACGAGUUACUGUCCAAGGAAUGGGUAGCAGCGUCUGACGAUCCGAUCAAGGAAGGCCGUCCGCAACGCAUGGUAAGGGCCCUCGAAUCAAAGUUUGCAGACAUCAAGCAUGCUGUCAACAAGUUCACCGGGUGCUACACCCAAGUACAAGACCUUCAAGCAAGUGGAACGAACAUCGACGACGUCGAAGAUGCGGCAAGGGCACUCUACUUCAAGACCACCACUUCCAAGACGGGCAGUGGACGCAAUUUCAAGUACAUGGGGUGUUGGCGAGUCCUGCGCGACAAGCCAAAAUGGGAAGCGUAUCGGGAAAACGGCUUCGGCAUCAAGAAAUCAACCAAGCAUUCUAAAUUGACUGGCGAAUACAAUAAUUUGGACGGCUCCAAAUUUUUGUCUUCGACAGUAAAUUUGGAAUCUUCGGAAGGCCGUCCGCAAGGAGCGAAGGCAGCGAAGCGCAAACGUUUUGAGUACAGUGGACAUGCCUCAAGCAAGUGUUGA